AUGGCUUCAAAGGUCAAGUUAGAGUGUCAGCUUGAUGCUAUGAUGUGAAAAACUAUUUUAUGUCGUUAUUACUCCUAAUUUCAUUAUUUUGUAAAUGAUAUAGUACCUAUUUAAUUAUUAGUUAUAAGUGUAAAUAGAAACUGUUAAAACUUUAAAAUGGACGACGAAAAACUAAGUUGCAAGGAAGAAAUCGGAGAAAUGAGUGAUCUGGAAAACUCAACGAUGUCCAUUGAUGAUCCUAAGGUUAAUGAAGGAAAAGUUAAGAAAAAGAGAAGGAGACGCCGGGAAAUUGACUUGGUUUGUUACAACGUAAUGACAUUGUGAAUAAUACAUAAAAAAGUAUAUAAGCACUGUAGUAGCUCUGAUGACGAUGAAACAGAAGAUGAAGGAAUGUCUAAGAAACUAUAUCGGAGGUUGAGUCCUGGACCCGGUCCCAUAUCACCAGCUUCACACCGAGAGCCUCGUACCUGUGUUUUAAAGGCUAGCCAGAAACGUCGUCCACUGUCCCGUCUUCUAGAACAAUUACUCCGUAAUCUUGAAAAGCGAGAUCCCAAUCAGUUCUUUGCUUGGCCGGUGAACGACAACUUUGCACCUAACUACUCUAAUAUCAUAAAGAAACCUAUGGACUUUUCAACUAUGAAGCAGAAAAUUGAUGAUAAUGAGUACAAGUCGCUCAACUGUUUUAUUAGUGACUUCAAAUUAAUGUGCAACAAUGCAAUGAAAUACAACAAGCCGGGAACAGUAUAUCACAAAGCAGCCAAACGACUUUUACACGCUGGAUUAAAACAGCUGACUCCACAGAAGUUACGUCCGCUCGGUGAUAUAUUGACAUAUAUGUACGAAAUACCGAUCAGGGAAUUGGGUUUCGAUAUUGGAAAGAUGGAUGUGCCGUUAAGGACUUACGGUCGAAAGCAUAAGGUACUAAAACGGAGUAGUCCUAUCAAGAGUGGGGGGUCAGAGGCUGAAGUAGUUUCCGAUGGGGGUCAAGAUAGACAAGAUAGUGGGGACAGUGUGAAAAUACAGAUGGAAGCUGCGAGAGAGCAGCAUAGAAGGCGACUUGCUAAGAAAGCGUUCCCGCGUAUGGACUCCGAGGGCCGCACGACACUGCGACUGGUGACGCGAACAGCGGAAAGUGAUGAGCGACCCACGCUGGGGCAACUAGUGGGCCGCCUGGCGCACGGAACCGGCUCGCUGCACACGCCCCGCGAGGACCGUCGCAACGUGGCCAAGUGCGUGAAGCCGCUGCACUACGGGCCCUUCAGCUCGUACGCGCCUGCGCACGACGGGACCUUCGCCACGCUCACCAAGGACGAGUCGCACCUCAUCUACCACACGCUGCCGUCCGAAACAGGCCAAGGUAAUGAGGAAAUGUUACGCUUUGCGCCUGACUCCCCCUGGCAACACAUAUACGAUAUGGAGGCAAUGUUCCCCGACAAGAAGAAUCAACCCGAGCCCGCUGCGCCUAAAGAUGAAAAUGACUUAUCAAAAGUCAAGAUAGAUGUGGAACAACUAAGAACGCUGUCUGAACUGGGUAUCGAUGUUGACUUCUUGACUGACAUCGAGGAUGACCUAAAGCAUGCGCAACAUGACUAUGGUCUGGCGGGCGCUCUGAACCACACUUACGGACUACUGGCUGCUCUAGAGAAAGAGCAAAGAGAACGGUUGUCGGCGACGACUCCAUGGCACCUGUCGCUGUGUGGGCGCGCGGGCGGAGCGGAGCGGGAAGCGGCGCGGCUUGCGGCGGGCUGGCUGCGCGGCAUGCUGGCGCGCGUGCCGCCGCGACACGUGGCGCCGCUGCCCGCGCUGCGCGCCGCCAUGGGCGUCACGCUGGACCACCUCGAUACGCCGAUGGCGGUCGACGACUUCGAAUUGGAAAUGAACGAACAGCGAGAUACCGUCUCCGACCCUGACUCUAGAUCAAGCCACGACAAGUGACGCAAGGCGUGUUGACUACUACGAGUUAUAGUCCAUUUUAAAACAAUUAUAAUAAGUUAUGUUUACAUUUUAAGAAGUUUUUAAUUAAUGUAAGAAAAACUAUACAAUUUAAUUAUGUGUUUUCAUUUGUCAUACAUCCUACUUGUAAAAAUCAUUAUUAAUUUCCAUAGCAAGCAAUUUAACAGGUAGUAUAUGAAACUCCUUUUAAGUACAUUAAUGACUGCAUUAAGUCUUCUCUCUUCCAAUGUAAACUAAUUAUUAUACAAGAACA